GGAUACAUAUUCAAGCAGAUCUGACAUUUCAGCUCGCUUUUUGACACCACCAACAACAAUGGGGCAGUUAUACCACUUAUGCUGGUUACUUAUAGUCUUCUCUACAGCAAAGCCAGAAUCCACGUUUCACGAAACUGGCGCCAGUGGAAGAGGACCCAGACCAGUAGAACAUGGCAGCAAAGCUGCAUGUGCUUCUCAAAAAGAGUGGCCAAUCUGCUUGGAUGAAGACUGGGGUCCCAAAUGCCCUUCUGGCUGCAGAAUACAAGGGCUUCUAACCAAGGCUGAUAAGGACCUUGCUGAUAAAAUCGACAAAAUCCGCAAGUUUUUAGAUGAAAACCGAAACAAAUACCGAUCUGCUGACCAGAUCACCAAGACCACCUAUGACGUUUUGAGGGAGAAACUGGUGCUCAACACAGGAGCUGAUAACAGGUUCCAGAAUUUAGCAGACCAGCUUCGUCAAAGGAUUAUUGAGAUGAAGUUGAAAAUUGACCAGCAAAACAGUCUGCUCAUUGCACUUAAAAGUAGGGUCAGAGAUCAAGUUAAUGAAGUGCACCGAAUUGAGGUCGACAUUGACAUCAAAAUCCGGUCCUGUAAAGGAUCUUGUGCAAGUGCCCAUGAGUACACAGUUGACAGAGACAGCUACGUUACCCUGGACAAGCAACUAUCUCAAUUAGACAGCGUUAACAUGCAAAGCGUUGAAACUGUGAGCUCUUUGAGAGUAAUGAAGAGCAGACCCUUAAAGGAGGUCUCAACUGUCUCCAGUAUCUAUAAAUCUGGUAUUGCAAAUGGAAGUGAACAGGAGUUAACCCACUUCAAAGAUAUAGAGCAAGUGCGACUAUCCUUAGAAGUUGACGACACCAGGUCCAAAGGGUCCCCAGCUGUUACUGUGACUUCAGGUAGAGAUAAGCAAGUUUCUGGCAGUAAAGUUGAAUUCAAGGAUCCAAAAACAGACUCAGUUGUUACAACACACACUAAGGUUCUGCAAUGUACCAAAACCAUUAGAAAGAAAACAGUGAUCACAAAGGACGGCCCUGUAGAAACUGUUGAAGUAGUAGGAGGCAGCCCAGAAUGUGAAAGUUUAGGUUUGGGAGUUGAUGAUGCUGCUCUGCUCAGUGCUGCCAAAGAAACAAAAGAUAUUGGCGGUGGUUACACAGUAAAAGUCACUGGUAACUCUGGAGGAGUAGAUAGAUUGUCUGAAUUUUUCCCUGACAUUGACUCAUUGUUUCGUAGAGAGCAUAGCACAACCACCACCACUAAAGAGUUUGGGGGAAGUGGUUCUUCCAUAACUACCACCACAACAAGACACACUGAUCAGCCCAAAGUUAUCAAAACAGUUGUACAUACUGAACGAGGUGAUGGUGAUUUUGUAAACCUGGGGGACACAGAUGACUUUCAUACAUUUGAAAAGGAGGUUAUUUUGCCUGGUGGAAGUAUACAUGACGGGUUUGGAGGUUUCGAAGGGGGUGGCUCCUCUUCAUACUCCAAGACUUCUGUGGUAAAUGGAGGAUCAAACUGUUGUGAUGGAGAUCAUUCAUCGAGCUAUGUGACUGGCACCAAGACUGGCACCAAGACUGUUAAAACUUCAAUGUAUAUGGGGGAUGACUUGGGUGCCUUUCAGUUUGAUGAUGAAGAAGAAGACUUGCCUGAUUUCCGAGCUCGCAGCUUGAAGAAAGAACCCGUGAAACGCCAGAAAGACUACAUUGGAAGAGAUUGUGCAGACAUCAGCCAGAACCAUGGGUCUGGCACAAAAAGCGGCCUGUUCAAAAUUAAACCGGAAGGCACAGAGGAUGUAGUGGAGGUCUACUGUGACCAGGAAACACUAUUAGGCGGUUGGGUCCUAGUUCAACAGAGGAUGGAUGGAUCUGUCGACUUCAACAGAACCUGGGAGGAGUACAAGCAUGGAUUUGGCCGCGUGAACACGCAAGGCCAAGGAGAGCUUUGGCUGGGAAAUAAAUACCUGAACCUUCUUACCCAGAAAGAGAGUAUUCUCAGGGUCGAGCUGGAGGACUGGGAGGGCAAUGAAGUCUAUGCUGAGUAUUCUGUUAGCAUUGGAUCUGAGUCUGAAGGUUACAUUCUGAAAGUCUCCCAUUAUGAUGGUGAUGCUGGAGAUGCUCUUAUAAAGGGAGAGACUAAGCUGAGUACAUUUUUAUCCCACAACAACAUGAAGUUUAGCACAUAUGACAAAGAUAGUGACAAGUGGGAAGAGAACUGUGCAGAGAUGUAUGGUGGAGGCUGGUGGUACAACAACUGUCAGUCAGCCAACCUGAAUGGCAUGUAUUACAGUGGGGGACUGUACGAUCCAGGUAGCAAAAUUCCCUAUGAGAUUGAAAAUGGUGUAGUCUGGCUACCAUUCAAGCCAGCAAAUUACUCACUUAAAGUUGUCCGAAUUAAAAUAAGACCUGCAGAAACCCAGUAACCAAAUAUUGAAUGGAUUUCAAAUGAAGGCCAGACACUGUACUUCCUUUUUGUUAAUGCCAGCAGCAUUUUAAUAAACAUAUGUGUAUGUCA